AUGAGAAGCACUUCGUUGAUCCUUUUAAGUGCUGUUGUGGCCUUGUACCUUUUAGGGGUAUUUACCACCGUAGAGAGCUGCAAGGGCAAGCCUGCAACUCCCCAGUGUGAAGGACCUUUAGAUGGAGGCAAUAAACGAAUAAGGAGGUGCAAAAAAAACUACAACAAGGCCAUGUGGCACUUCAAUGUGGUGACCAAUAACUGCACCCAAUUCAAAUAUAAAGGAUGCGCCGGCAAUAAUAAUCGCUGGUGCUCCAAGCUUAUAUGUGAAACUUGCCGAGUCCGAUUAUUUAAAUAA